UUAAUCCUAUCCUAUCCCAUCUUAUCUUCGUUCUAUCUCUUCAUUGCGAAUUCGAAGCAAGACCUCAAUAACUCUAACGCCACAGCGGCGCCUGGAAUUGAGAAAUAGGUGUUGGUUUUUGUUUUCCAUUCAAAGUGAUUGAUAUAAAUCCCAAUUUGGUCUGUUUUUAAUCCGAAGGAAGACAAAAACUAAGGUACCAUUUCCCCUCGAUCUAGUUAGUUACUGCUGGCUGAGGAUCGUUGUCAGAAAGAAAGAAAAGAAUAAGAGGAGAUGGCCUCUCACUCGCAGGUUUUGGUGGAAGAGAAAUCGAGUGUUAGAAUAUUGACACUGAACAGACCAAAGCAGCUGAAUGCUCUGUCCUUCCAAAUGAUAUCUCGGUUGCUGCAACUGUUCCUUGCAUAUGAGGAGGACCCUAGUGUGAAACUUGUUAUCCUUAAGGGUCAGGGAAGAGCCUUUUGUGCUGGUGGUGAUGUUUCAGCUGUCGUUCGUGACAUCGGACAAGGCAAUUGGAGACUCGGUGCCAAGUUCUUCGCAGAUGAAUACAUGCUCAACUAUGUUAUGGCCACCUAUACCAAACCUCAGGUUUCAAUUUUGAAUGGUAUUGUCAUGGGAGGCGGAGCUGGUGUCUCCGUCCAUGGUCCAUUUCGUAUUGCUACUGAGAACACGGUUUUUGCCAUGCCCGAGACAGUUCUCGGGCUCUUUCCGGAUGUAGGCGCUUCCUACUUCUUGUCUAGACUCCCUGGAUUUUUUGGAGAGUAUGUUGGCCUCACAGGAGCUAGGUUAGAUGGCGCUGACAUGCUUGCUUGUGGUCUUGCUACUCAUUAUCUUCCUUCAACAAGAUUGACUGCAUUGGAAGCAGAACUUUGCAGAGUUGAUUCAAGUGAUCCAGCCUUGGUCUCAACAAUUCUCGAUGCAUACACACAGAAUCCGCACCUUAAACAGCAGAGUGCUUACCACAGGUUGGAUGUUAUUGAUAGGUGCUUCUCGGGGAGAACAGUGGAAGAAAUUAUAGCUGCACUUGAGAGAGAGGCCACCCAUGGAGGCGAUGAUUGGAUCUCAAGCACUAUUAGAGCAUUGAAAAAGGCUUCACCAGCAAGCCUUAAAAUCUCUCUUAGAUCGAUAAGAGAAGGAAGGUUGCAGGGGGUGGGGCAGUGCCUUAGCCGUGAGUAUAGAAUGGUGUGUCAUGUGCUAAAGGGAGAUAUAAGCAAAGAUUUUGUGGAGGGGUGCAGAGCCAUAUUGAUUGACAAAGAUAAGAAUCCAAAGUGGGAGCCAUGGCGGCUGGAGGAGAUGAAGGAUCGGAUGGUAGAGCAGUACUUCAAGAGAGUGGAGGAAGAAGAGGAUCUAAAGUUUCCAGCAAGGAAAAAUUUGCCAGCCUUAGCAAUGGCAAAGCUGUGAAAUGGACAAGGUGAUGGAGCACUAUUGGGUUUAGGUCUAAAAAGGAAAAUAAAUGUAAUAAACUACUAGGUCUGUGUUGAAUUGGCCGGCCUUGCAUAUUAUAUACCUACAUACAUGUAGUAUUGUUAAAUUUGAAACAUGCAGUAUUGAUAAUGCAAAACAGUGAGAAAGAAAAAAAAUUAUUAUUGUAAUCAAAGAUGAGAC